GUCAGCCAGUUCAGACAGCUUUAUUCCAAAGUCAUCAAUGACAAGCACGAUGAUGUGAUGGCUAAGUUCGGAGCAAUCCUGGCUCAGGGCAUACUGGAUGCAGGUGGUCACAACGUCACAAUUUCUCUGCAGUCAAGGACUGGUCACACACACAUGCCUUCAGUGGUCGGCGUCCUGGUCUUCACCCAGUUUUGGUUCUGGUUUCCUCUCUCUCACUUCUUGUCAUUGGCUUUCACUCCAACCUGCGUGAUCGGCCUUAACAAGGACCUCAAGAUGCCAAAAGUGCAGUACCGAUCCAAUGUCAAGCCCUCCACAUUUGCCUACCCAGCCCCCUUGGAAGUGCCAAAAGAGAAGGAGAAAGAAAAGGUUUCCACUGCUGUGUUGUCCAUCACUGCAAAAGCCAAGAAAAAGGAGAAGGAAAAAGAAAAAGAGAAAAAAGAAGAGGAGAAAAUGGAAGUGGUGAGUCUAAUCCAGCCUUCCCCAGUCUGGUACACUUGCAUGAUAGGGAGUCCUGAGGGUCUUAGGUCAGGAGAAGGAGCUCUGAUUUCUCAAUGACAGAAAAACGUCCCA